GCGGGUCGCGCGGACAGCGAGCGCAGCGCCCUCACGAAGUCACUCCGCCACGGCCGGCACGCAGAGCGCGCGCAACAUGCACUCCUUGAUUCUACACUACUCUAUUUUGGUGUGUGUAGGCAUUGUGACAUCGAGUCCGACGCCUGGUCGGAUCCCUAAGGUGUACAAUGCCCUCAUCACCUCCAACCAGAACCUAGAGCCGAGCAAGGCAUACCCGGUGUACCAGCCAGUGAUACAUGAUGCAGCCUUCACCUUCCCGCUACAGUCGCCUUUCUUCUACGGACCUGAAUUACCACUAGCCAAUGGCUUAAUUCCAGCGCCGGCAUUCCUGCCUAGAGGAACGAAUGCGAUACCAGAACUGACACCAGGACAAUCUCCUAAAGCUCCAGAGGCAGCCGGAUCUGCAUCCAGCACAGAACAACCUGAGGCAUCUGCGUCUUCUGUGGUCCCUCCGGCUGAAGUUCCAUCGAGUUCGGAACAAGCGGCGCCUUCGGAGUCGAGUACAUCAUCACCCGAUACUGCCGACCAGUCCACAAAUUCACCCCCACCACCGCCCAGUACAGAGUCCCCAAUACCACUUAACCAAUUUGGAUUACCACCCCAAGUGCUGCCGAUUAGUCAUACAUACAAUACCAUUCCUAAUCUCGGACACUUUACCUACAGUUAUCCCGCAUUCCGAUUCUAUGAUCCCUUUGAUCCUUUCGGCUUUAAUCCGUACGCUGGAUUGCCUCCUCUAUACCAUCCAUUAACGAAUGUUCUAGGUCAGUACGAGGCAUCACCAUCUGACCGCGAGUCGAUUCCUAAGUCCGCAGCUGGGUCUGACCCGUCCACUAACACCCCGCCCCCGGAACCUAGUGACCUUAACGUUCUUAAUUAUUCCCCUAAAGAUCCUGAAAUCGCUAACGUCCCGCCCCCUCCUCUACCUCAGGGCGGACUCAAACCUGAUAAACCAGAGUGAUACGUUAAAGAAAUAAAUUGUCUUAGUAAAAGGUAGUCAUUACUGUUUAAUCAAUUCGAAGUCGAGAAUCAUGUUUCACUUUCUUAUCAUCAUUUUUGUACUUUUAAAAUUAUCUUUUCUUAUAUAGGACAAUGGUUUUUUAAUAGUUAAGA